AUGGUCCUGCCUAGUGUUUUGGUUCAGUCCGGCAUCGCCCUGCCCAAAAAUGACCUAGUGGAAUUUGACGAAGGCUUCGUCGAUACCCCGAUCCCUACGUUGACAUGGCGCUCGUUCACUAUGGGCUUGUCCGUGUCGAUGGGAGGGUUCAUUUUUGGAUAUGACACUGGCCAGAUCGCAGGCGUACUGGAGACGGAUGAUUUCAGAAGGCGGUUCGGUGAGCUCGAGGCCUCUGGCGAAACCUAUCAUUUCUCACGUGUUCGCGCUGGCCUAAUUGUGGCCUUGCUCUCCAUUGGAACGCUCAUAGGAGCAUUGGUUGCUGCACCUUUUGCCGACAGGUUUGGCCGGAAGUGGACAAUGUCCGGUUGCUGUGUGAUAAUUAUUGUCGGUGUUAUUAUUCAAAUGACUUCCGAAUAUCCUAAAUGGUAUCAGGUGGUUCUUGGCCGUUGGGUUGCGGGUCUUGGUGUCGGUGCGCUUUCGGUGCUGGUUCCACUAUAUCAGAGCGAGAGCGCCCCACGGCAUAUUCGUGGUGCUAUUAUAAGCUGCUAUCAGCUUUUCAAUACCCUGGGCAUUUUAUCUGCUAACUGCAUCAAUUUGGGUACUGGAAACCGUUCGGAUAGCGGUGCCUGGCGGAUUCCGCUCGGGGUAACUUUCAUCAGGAUAUCGAUCCUGGGCAUUGGGGCGUUGUUUUCCCCAGACUCCCCCCGUUAUGAUUAUCGGGCGGGGCGUAUUGACAAAGCGAAAAAGUCAUUGAUGCGGUUCUACGGCAUACCACAUAAUCACAAACGACUCCACCUAGAGUUAGAAGGAAUCCGUGAAAAGUACGAGGAAGAUAUGGCUGCACAAGAUGAGCGCUGGUAUCACAUGUUUUCCGCCCCCGGAAUGAAGCAUAGACUUCUGCUCGGAGCCGCUUUGCACGGUCUGCACCAGCUCACAGGGGCUAAUUUCUUUUUCUAUACUGCGGCAACUGUGUUCAGGGGUUUUGGUGUCCAAAACAGAUAUAUUUCACAAGUUAUCCUUGGCGCCAUUGAUUUCGGGGGAUCUUGCCUCAGCUUGUAUACCGUUGAGAACUUUGGCCGUCGCAAGUCCCUAAUAGUUGGCGCAAUCUGGAUGUCCGUGUGCUGCGCGGUUUACGCUUCCAUCGGCCAUUUUGAACUCAACGAAGCCAUGCCAGAACUCACUCCUGGCUCUGGGAGAGCGAUGGUUGUAGUCGCUUGUUUGUUCAUGCUAGGGUUUGCCAGUACCUGGGGACCGAUAGUCUGGGUUAUCAUCGCGGAAAUAUAUCCCUCCCGCUAUCGUGCCAGAGCCAUGGGCCUUGCGACAGCAUCGAACUGGCUUUGGAAUUUUCUGCUCGCCUUCUUCACUCCCUUUAUCACCGAGGCUAUUGACUUCAGAUACGGUUACAUCUUCUCUGGCUGCCUCUUCGUUGGCGUGGCAACUGUAUAUUUUGGUGUCAUCGAAGGUAAAGGCCGAACAAUCGAAGAGAUUGAUACUAUGUACAGCUUGCGUAUUCCAACCUGGACAAGCGGGGAUGAAACACUGAGGAAUCCCCCGACGCUCGCUGGUGAAAAUCAAACUUCCUAUCACAAUGGUGCUUCCAACCCAUGCGAUAUUUCCGAACCAAGUUCACGCAAUGAUCCAAAUAGUUAG